AUGGUACCUGCACUACAGGCGCGCAUAGCGACCAGACUGACGCGCAUUACGUAUAGUUCCAUCACCCUGCCCCAUUCUCCCGCUUUCCAUCACCCCGCCCCAUUCUCCCUCUUUCCAUCAACCCGCCCCAUUCUCCCUCUUUCCAUCACCCCGCCCCAUUCUCCCGCUUUCCAUCACCCCGCCCCAUUCUCUCUCUUUCCAUCACCCCGCCCCAUUCUCCCGCUUUCCAUCUCCCCGCCCCAUUCUCCCUCUUUCCAUCACCCCGCCCCAUUCUCCCUCUUUCCAUCACCCCGCCCCAUUCUCCCGCUUUCCAUCACCCCGCCCCAUUCUCCCGCUUUCCAUCACCCCGCCCCAUUCUCCCGCUUUCCAUCACCCCGCCCCAUUCUCCCGCUUUCCAUCACCCUGCCCCAUAAUCCCGAUUUCCAUCACCCCGCCCCAUUCUCCCGCUUUCCAUCACCCCGCCCCAUUCUCCCGCAUUCCAUCACCCCGCCCCAUUCUCCCGUUUUCCAUCACCCUGCCCCAUUCUCCCGCUUUCCAUCACCCCGCCCCAUUCUCCCUCCUUCCAUCACCCCGCCCCAUUCUCCCGCUUUCCAUCACCCCACCCAAUUCUCCCGCUUUCAAUCACCCUGCCCCAUUCUCCCGCUUUCCAUCGCCCCGCCCCAUUCUCCCUCCUUCCAUCACCCCGCCCCAUUCUCCCUCCUUCCAUCACCCCGCCCCAUUCUCCCGCUUUCCAUCACCCCGCCCCAUUCUCCCGCUUUCCAUCACCCCGCCCCAUUCUCCCGCUUUCCAUCACCCCGCCCCAUUCUCCCCCUCCCGCCCCAUACUCCUGCUUUCCAUCACCCCGCCCCAUUCUCCCGCUUCCUCUCACCCCGCCCCAUUCUCCCGCUUUCCAUCACCCAGCCCCAUUCUCCCGCUUUCCAUCACCCCGCCCCAUUCUCCCGCUUUCCACCACCCCGCCCCAUUCUCCCGCUUUCCAUCACCCCACCCCAUUCUCCCGCUUUCCAUCACCCCGCCCCAUUCUCCCUCCUUCCAUCACCUCGCCCCAUUCACCCGCUUGCCAUCACCCCGCCCCAUUCUCCCGCUUUCCAUCACCCCGCCCCAUUCUCCCUCCUUCCAUCACCCCGCCCCAUUCUCCCUCCUUCCAUCACCGCGCCCCAUUCUUCCUCCUUCCAUCACCCCGCCCCAUUCUCCCGCUUUCCAUCACCCCGCCCCAUUUUCCCGCCUUCCAUCACCCCGCCACAUUCUCCCGCUUUCCAUCACUCCGCCCCAUUCUACCGCUCCCGCCCCAUACUCCCGCUUUCCAUCACCCCGCCCCAUUCUCCCGCUUCCUCUCACCCCGCCCCAUUCUCCCGCUUUCCAUCAACCCGCCCCAUUCUCCCGCUUUCCAUCACCCUGCCUCAUUCUCCCGCUUUCCAUCACCCCGCCCCAUUCUCCCGCUUUCCAUCACCCCGCCCCAUUCUCCCGCUUUCCAUCACCCCGCCCCAUUCUCCCUACUUCCAUCACCCCGCCCCAUUCACCCGCUUGCCAUCACCCCGCCCCAUUCUCCCGCUUUCCAUCACCCUGCCCCAUUCUCCCUCCUUCCAUCACCCCGCCCCAUUCUCCCUCCUUCCAUCACCCCGCCCCAUUCUCCCUCCUUCCAUCACCCCGCCCCAUUCUCCCGCUUUCCAUCACCCCGCCCCAUUCUUCCGCUUUCCAUCACCCCGCCCCAUUCUACCGCUUUCCAUCACCCCGCCCCAUUCUCCCGCUAUCCAUCACCUCGCCCCAUUCUCCCGCUUUCCAUCACCCCGUCCCAUUCUCCCGCUUUCCAUCACCCCGCCCCAUUCUCCCGCUUUCCAUCACCCUGCCCCAUUCUCCCGCAUUCCAUCACCCCGCCCCAUUCUCCCGCUUUCCAUCACCCCGCCCCAUUCUCCCGCUUUCCAUCACCCCGCCCCAUUCUCCCGCUUUCCAUCACCCCGCCCGAUUCUCCCGCUUUCCAUCACCCCGCCCCAUUCUACCGCUUUCCAUCAGCCCGCCCCAUUCUCCCGCUUUCCAUCACCCCGCCCCAUUCUCCCGCUUUCCAUCACCCCGCCCCAUUCUCCCGCUUUCCAUCACCCCGCCCCAUUCUCCCGCUUUCCAUCACCCCGCCCCAUUCUCCCUCCUUCCAUCACCCCGCCCCAUGCUCCCUCCUUCCAUCACCCCGCCCCAUUCUCCCGUUUUCCAUCACCCCGCCCAAUUCUCCCGCUUUCCAUCACCCCGCCCCAUUCUCCCGCUUUCAAUCGCCUCGCCCCAUUCUCCCUCCUUCCAUCACCCCGCCCCAUUCUCCCUCCUUCCAUCACCCCGCCCCAUUCUCCUGCUUUCCAUCACCCCGCCCCAUUCUCCCGCUUUCCAUCACCCCGCCCCAUUCUCCUGCUUUCCAUCACCCCGCCCCAUUCUCCCGCUCCCGCCCCAUACUCCCGCCUUCCAUCACCCCGCCCCAUUCUCCCGCUUCCUCUCACCCCGCCCCAUUCUCCCGCUUUCCAUCACCCCGCCCCAUUCUCCCGGUUUCCAUCACCCCGCCCAAUUCUCCCGCUUUCCAUGACCCCGCCCCAUUCUCCCGCUUUCCAUCACCCCGCCCCAUUCUCCCGCUUUCCAUCACCCCGCCCCAUUCUCCCGCUUUCCAUCACCCCGCCCGAUUCUCCCGCUUUCCAUCACCCCGCCCCAUUCUACCGCUUUCCAUCAGCCCGCCCCAUUCUCCCGCUUUCCAUCACCCCGCCCCAUUCUCCCGCUUUCCAUCACCCCGCCCCAUUCUCCCGCUUUCCAUCACCCCGCCCCAUUCUCCCGCUUUCCAUCACCCCGCCCCAUUCUCCCUCCUUCCAUCACCCCGCCCCAUGCUCCCUCCUUCCAUCACCCCGCCCCAUUCUCCCGUUUUCCAUCACCCCGCCCAAUUCUCCCGCUUUCCAUCACCCCGCCCCAUUCUCCCGCUUUCAAUCGCCUCGCCCCAUUCUCCCUCCUUCCAUCACCCCGCCCCAUUCUCCCUCCUUCCAUCACCCCGCCCCAUUCUCCUGCUUUCCAUCACCCCGCCCCAUUCUCCCGCUUUCCAUCACCCCGCCCCAUUCUCCUGCUUUCCAUCACCCCGCCCCAUUCUCCCGCUCCCGCCCCAUACUCCCGCCUUCCAUCACCCCGCCCCAUUCUCCCGCUUCCUCUCACCCCGCCCCAUUCUCCCGCUUUCCAUCACCCCGCCCCAUUCUCCCGGUUUCCAUCACCCCGCCCCAUUCUCCCGCUUUCCAUGACCCCGCCCCAUUCUCCCGCUUUCCAUCACCCCGCCCCAUUCUCCCUCCUUCCACCACCCCGCCCCAUUCACCCGCUUUCCAUCACCCCGCCCCAUUCUUCCGCUUUCCAUCACCCCGCCCCAUUCUCCCUCCUUCCAUCACCCCGCCCCAUUCUCCCGCUUUCCAUCACCCCGCCCCAUUCUCCCGCUUUCCACCACCCCGCCCCAUUCUCCUACUUUCCAUCACCCCGCCCCAUUCUCCCGCUUUCCAUCACCCCGCCCCAUUCUCCCGCUUUCUAUCAUCCCGCUCCAUUCUCCCGCUUUCCAUCACCCCGCCCCAUUCUCCCUCCUUCCAUCACCCCGCCCCAUUCUCCCUCCUUCCAUAA